AAAAAAAGUUUAAAUCUGAGAGAGAAAAAAGAGAGACAGUAGAACGAACGCUCAGAAGAUAUACAAAUUACAGAUCGAUCGUCACACGCGAACAACAAACCAUUGAAGAAGAGAUUCGACUCGAACUUUGAAGUUAUCAAUUAAAUUCUUUGAUUUGCUUGCAAGAAGAAGAAGAAGAUGGCUGUUUACAAUCAAACAGGAACCAAUACAGUAACAAUAUCAAGAAAGAGGAAAUCAAGGGCUAGAGCAGACGGUACAACGGUAGCUGAUAGAAUCAAAAAGUGGAAAGAGUACAACGACUUUGUUAAUGCUUCCUCUAUAAAACAAGGAGAGAAACCUAAACGGAAAGCUCCUGCAAAAGGGUCCAAGAAAGGCUGUAUGAAAGGUAAAGGCGGACCAGAGAACUCUCGCUCUAGUUUCAGAGGAGUUAGACAAAGGGUUUGGGGUAAAUGGGUUGCAGAGAUCCGUGAACCUAAUAAAGUAAGCAGGCUCUGGCUUGGCACUUUCCCUACCGCCGAAGAAGCUGCUUCUGCUUAUGAUGAAGCUGCUAGAGCUAUGUACGGUCCAUUAGCUCGGCUUAAUUUUCCUCAUCAGCAGUGUGUUAGCUCUGAGUUUACUAGUACGUCAGGUCAGAGUGAGGUGUGUACGGUUGAGGAUACGACUGUUCUUGGUGGUGAUGUUUGUGUGAAGAAAGAGGAAGCUGACUGUAAAUCUAGACCAGUUAUUAGUCAGGUUUUAGAUGUCAAGGAAGGACAUGAUGCGAAUACAAGGCUGAAUGAGUUUGAUAAGGAUUAUUGGAGCAGACUAUCGAAUGGGGUAGAGAUACCGAAGGAGGAAGAAGUGAUACAGCCGCAGCAGGAGUCAGAUAUGCUUACUGUUGGGGAUUAUGGUUGGCUUAGUGAUAUGCAAAACGAUCAGGGUUUUUGGAAUCUGGAUGAUUCUUUUGAUAUUGAUGCACUUCUUGGUGAUAUGGAUGUGAGCCAGUUAACCGGUCAUGAUCCUUGCCAAACCCAAAACCAGGUACAGGUACACCCUGAAGGUUACAAUUCACAUCCUCUUCAGCAGGAGCCACUCGGCAAGCAUGAGUUCUUUGACUUGGAUCUUUGAGAGCUUCUGAGGCGAUGAAUGGUCUACAAGACUGCAGUAGAAUCUUCAGAUUUGAUCAUAUAUAGUAGCAACAAGAAAUUGGUGUUAAUGAUUUGUUUUCACAUUGGAAAAAAAUAGUUACUUUCUAGUCUUUACUUUAGAUCAAUAAGUGUUUUAAGUUUAAUAUAAGAUAUAACAGAGAGGAACUCUUUCACCCUCUUCCUAUAACAAAAGUGUUACAUAAUUAACAGAAAAUACAACCAUAAAUUACAAAAAAAAAAAAUAAGAAAAAGAA